AUGGCUGCUUCUUCGACAUUUUCCUACGCGCAAGCCGCCAAGGGCCAAGGCGCGUCCCCUGCUGCUGCCUCACCAAAUUUGGCAUCGCAACCUCAAACCGCCGCCUCCCCCGCGGUGCCCGAUGUCGCCGUCGAGUCUUUGGAUGUUUCGCGCCCUGCCGAGGCUCGCCCUGCUGUGACGGCCGAGAAGCACGACAUUGAUAGCAACAUUGGCUCUGAGAGUGACCUACGCUCUGAGACCACUCACGACAGACGCUCCGAAUCGAGACGGGAUGACGAUUCUGGAAGAUUAGAUCGCCCAUGGAGGCGGAAUGACAAAGGCACGAGGUCCUCAAGCACGGCUACGCGGUCGGUUGAUGAGCAGGAACCGAGAAAACCACGCAAGGGCAAGAAGUCCAAGGCAUCAUCAGAGAAACAGUACAACGAUCAGGCAUCAGGGGCUGACAAGGACAAGGAGGCUGCUCAGCAGGCACCCAAGGUGGAGUUGUCUGAGGCCCCCAUUCCCUCUGUGAAUAUUUGGCACCAGCGAAAGGAGCAGCAACAGUCCAAGCCCAAGCCUUCACUUUCUGAGGCUAUUUCCAAUGGUACUUCUACGCACGAGACCGAGGCAAAGAAGCCUACCAAGGAAUCUACCCCCACGACCCUGUCCAAAGAGAAUGCACCCACAAAUGGUGUCAAGUCAAAUCGCAAGAACGGUGACUCAUCCCGUUCAGAACGAAAUGCCAGCCGAGGCUCCCGGUUGGCUGACAAGGAUGGCAAGAGUGAGCUGCCUCCUCCUGUUGAAGAUGCUGCUUCUUGGCCCACUCCCGAAAUUGCUAUCAAGGAGGAACAGAAGAAGCCUGCUGCUGGCAAGCCUGCUCCUGUACAGGAGAAGGAACCUCAGGAUGAUGGAUCCCAGAACAGGCGACCCAAAGAGAAGUGGGUAACCUACGACUAUGUUCCUACAGUCAACUUUGAGACCCAACUGCCCCAGAUGCGAAGCUCCAAACCCCGUGGUGGUGCCCGCAACGCCAACGGCGGGCGAAGUGCCACCACUGCUGCUACUCAGUCUGGCGAUAAGGCCGCCUCCAAUGCUGCGCCGAGCAAACCCGCCGAGUCCAAGGAACGGACCAAGGAGAACGCCACUGGUUCCAACAGGAACACAUCGCUUCCCCCAGCCUCCAAGCGAACGUCUAUCGACACCAGCAAUGCUCCCAAGGAACAAAAGAAGCUUGCUGCCGCUCACUCUGGCAAUGACAAGGCCAGAGAUGCCACAUCGGCCCAAUCAUCUAACACCAAUAAUGCCCGCUCCGAAGGCCGAACUGAUAGAGGACGAGGCGGCUACCGAGGAAGGGGUGCCCACAACCCUGUCAAUACGCACUCGCAGCACCAGCUUAGCAAUGCAAACUUUGCCAACAACAACGGACAAGUCUCAGGCAGACCUCAAGGUCCCUACAGCCCUCCACCACGACAAGGCCCUCACGGCCCUGGCUUCAUGCCCCCUUCCCAGCAGCGAGGAGGACGAGGUCGCAGCGGUGCUGCUAACAACUUCCACCGCAUGUCCCUUCCCAACGGCGCCACCCGUCUACCUCCCAUUCAGGCUCAGUUUGGCUCCUACGAGUAUCCUAUGCCUCCCAUGUCUGCCAUGCCUUACCAGGCGCAGCCUCCCUACUGGGAUAAUAUGGUGAUGGCGGUCCUCAAGAACCAGAUCGAGUACUAUUUCUCAAUUGAAAACUUAUGCAAGGACAUGUAUCUGCGAAAGCGCAUGGAUUCUCAGGGCUUUGUCAACCUGCAUUUCAUUGCCGCUUUCAAACGUAUUCGGGAGCUGACGUCGGACAUGGGCAUGAUUCGAGCCGUCUGUGAAUCCUCGACUGACCUUGACUUUGUGUCUGGCGAGGAUGAUAUUGAGCGAUUGCGACGGCGCAACGGUUGGCAGAGUUUUAUCUUGCCAAUGGAGGAUCGUGAUGACUUUGCUCGCAACGCCGGCCCAGUACAUCUGACCUUCAAGAACCGUCCUCUCAACUUUGCACCCCAAUUCAAUGGUGCCAUACCUGGGUCGUACGGCAUGAACCCACCCAUGGGCUUUUCUCCCCAAGGCGAUGCUCCAUUCCCACAAUUUCCCGAAGGUGUGCCUGCUGGUCAGCCUGUAAAUGGCCUGGUCAAUGGCAACGGCCACGGUCAUGGCAGCACCCAGCUGUCUGCUGACGUUCCUGACUUCUCCCCUUCAGGUUUGACAAGCCACGGGUUUGACGCACAGCACCAUGGCCCUGAAUCAACCAAUGGUUUAACUAAUGGGGUCCACGUCGAGUAA